GUGCUCAGGUAUGCCCAGGUCUGCCCGCUGCGGUGAAGCGUGCUGGAACUCCAAAUGCGGAAUUCGAGCCGGCAUUCCCGGUGCUGAUCUGUUCUCUUUUGCUCCCUUGGGGCCACUGUCAACACUAAUAAGGCUAAUAGGCUGCAUACAAAGUACUGUGGUGGGCAGUCAGCAAGCAAUAGGCCUCCUGCUGCCUUUCUCUCCCUUACACGCAGCUGGCGACUUCAGGACUCGACUGUCUUGAGCCCUGACGGGAGAGCUGCCCACUGUGCCAGCCAGCCAGCCAGCCCACCCCUGCAUUGGAUGCCCCAAAGUUUCAAGUCAAGCUCUUGCCUUGCCUCGCACCCACGUCCAUCCGCGUCUCUGCUUUGACUUCAUGUCCAAGGAUAGUAGCCGGGCCCCCCUGGACUGCUAUGUGGACAGAUUGAGUCCCCGCGGUACGGAUCCCUCCAGAUGAACAACAACCUCCGCGACCCCUUCAACCUCCGAAGGAACCUCAUCAACAACCGCGUCCCCACUGCCGCAGCUGCCCUGACCCAGCUGAGCCUCCUGCGCGCCACCGCCACCGAGGUUGCCACCCAGGUUACCGAGAAGGUUCAAGAGACCGCGGCUGAGGCCAUCGAGCGUGGCAGGCAGGCCGUCGAGGACCUCAACACCAACCUGCGCGAGCGGGAACUGCGCGAACAGCAGGCCGCCGGCAAGAAAGACGAGGACAUGUCGUUCGCGGUGCCGAAAAAUGUCCCCUCCUUCAACAACCCCCAGCGAGCAUUAGAGGACCGAGUGUGGGGAUCGACCGGUGUGACCGCGAGGACGGCUGGGAACCGUGGUGGGGCGGUUGGGGGGCUUGUAGGGGACGGCCUCGGAAAAGUAGAGAACCUCUUCAAUCCGAACAGAAACUCGCUUCCCCUGUACAAGGACAAGCCCUACGGAUACCCUGCCAGCCACCGGAAGAGGCCCUUCUACCGGCGCAAGACCUGCAUGGCGAUAGCACUGUUCCUGGUGGUCCUGGUGGCCUACUGGUUUGGCAUCUUCGGCGACGACCCAUACGAGAGGCUGCCAUCGCUGAAGACGACAGACUGGCUGAAGGCAGAUGAGAAGGCGGCGGCCAGGGGUAGAGUCGACUGGCUGGAGCGAAGACAGAGGGUGGUCGAAGCCUUCGAGCUGAGUUGGGAUGAUUACAAACGUUAUGGCUGGGGCUGGGACGAGUACCACCCAAUAUCGAAAAGCGGGAAAUACAUGGCCAAGAAGGGCCUGGGCUGGAUCAUCGUCGAUGCGCUCGAUACCAUGAUCCUCAUGAACCUGACCAGUCGUGUUACUGAUGCGAGGGAGUGGAUAUCGACGAAGCUUACCUACGACCAGGACCAAGAUGUAAACACUUUUGAGACCACCAUCCGAAUGAUGGGUGGCCUGCUAUCAGCACACUACCUGUCAACCCAAUACCCUGAGCUGGCGGCAAUAAAAGACGACGACGAAGGGCAGGCAGGAGAGGACCUGUACCUUGAGAAGGCAAAGGACCUGGCGGACCGCCUGAUACCAGCCUUUGAUUCCCAAUCCGGAGUCCCGUACGCGAGUGUGAACCUGGGCAAGUACGAGGGUCUGCCAUCCCACGACGACGGGGGUGCAUCAUCCACGGCGGAGGCCGCCACCUUGCAGCUGGAAUUCAAGUACCUGGCCAAGUUGACAGGGGAAAAGAUGUUCUGGGACAAGGCCGAGAAGGUCAUGCAGGUUCUCGACGACAAUGGCCCCAAGGAUGGUCUCGUUCCGAUCUAUGUAUACGCUGACACGGGCAAGUUCCGCGGCAAUAACAUUCGCCUGGGCAGCCGCGGAGAUUCGUACUACGAGUAUCUGAUCAAGCAGUAUCUGCAGACCAACAAGGGGGAGCCCAUCUAUCUGGACAUGUGGGAGCAAGCGAUGCGGGGUGUGCGGAAGAACCUGGUCACUUACACCGAGCACUCGCAGUUCACCAUCAUCGGCGAGAAAGUCAACGGCGUCGACGGUGAGCUCAGCCCGAAGAUGGACCACCUCGUAUGUUUCAUGCCUGGGACCAUCGCCCUGGGCGCGACGGACGGCCUGACGGAGGCGGAGGCCAGGAAGCUGCCGACGUGGAACGCCCAGAAGGAGAAGGAUAUGCAGCUCGCGCGGGAGCUGAUGCAGACGUGCUGGGGCACGUACAAGUACAUGGCAACUGGUCUGGCGGCGGAGAUUACAUUCUUCAAGAUCCCAUCGCCAGCCCCGGCAGAAGGAUCCGCGCACAAGGCGCCGGCGGAGUUUGACCCAGACCCCGAGGCGGAGUGGCGCAAGGACUUUGUGGUCAAGAGCCAGGACACGCACAACCUGCAGCGGCCCGAGACGGUUGAGUCGCUCUUUUACAUGUGGCGGAUCACGGGCGACCAGCGGUACCGCGACUGGGGCUGGGAGAUGUUCAAGAGCUUCAUGGCGCACACGGCGGUGCCCGAGGGCGGCGGGUUCACGUCGCUGUCCAACGCCAACAUGGUGCCGCCCGCGACGCGCGACAACAUGGAGAGCUUCUGGCUGGCCGAGACGCUCAAGUACUUCUACCUGCUCUUCUCGCCCAACGACCUGCUCCCGCUCGACAAGAUCGUCAUCAACACCGAGGCGCACCCGCUGCCUAGGUUCGACAUGGGCCAGCUGUUCUCAACGGGCUGGAAGCGGAAGCCUAGGGACGAGGACGGGCACAUCUUGGAGACGACGAGUGAGGAGGCCAAGGCCGAGGAGGUCAAGAAGGACUGAGUUGUUGUUUGUCCCACCGUACUAGUUUAUAAUGCAUCACCCUACCAGGACUCGAAAACAUUGGGCGGCGUUUAUACCAAAAGGAAUAUCAGCGGCAUAUGAAGAUUGUCGUUUGCUCAGAAAGCUUGGAGAAUUUUGAGCGACCAGUUCUUGUCGAUAUCUAUUGUGCGAUAGCAAUGGAAAGCACAUGUAUCAGAGUCAAGGUGCAAAGGGAUGCCCGCAGAUGCUGACCGAGUAUUUCCUGCCGCGUGUGAUACAAGCCGGUGUGCAUGUCUAACAAACGGCGCUCCUGUGUUGGGAUGUACGCAAGAAGGCUGGAUGAAUGUACAGCAAAGACUACGCACGAGUUCCGCUACAGAUGCUGUGGCCCUUAUAGCAGGAGCAAGCUCAUAGUCUUGUUCAGACAGUGGCUGGCAAGAUGGCCCGCUAGAGGUGUAGAUAUUUUGUCAAGGGUGUUACUGGGCACUUCGCCAGCAG